AUGAUUACUAUUGACCGGUAUUUGUCCGUAACACACGCCGUCCGUUACCGCAACUGGAGGACAGACAACAAAGUCAGUGUCAGGCUGCUUAGUAUUUUUACAUUUUAAAAUGAUUUCUUAGUUGAUACCCCGUAGUUUUUCGAUCUUUGAACAUUUGCUUCUUAAAAAACAAUACAUGGUUUCAUUACAUCUGAGUGAGGCUAAGCCAAGAAAGCAAGUGCAUUAUUGUGGAAGAUUGUAUUUUUGUGUGUGAUCAGCCACUCAGAGGGGAUUAAAUUAAGUCCAUCUGAUCGAAUAAAAUGAAUAAAAAAGGGCUGCUUAUGCCUUAUUUUACAAAUAUUGUUGCGCAAACUUGAGCGUCAAAAUGGUUGACUCAUAAUAUACGCGGAGAGGAUGCAUAUGAAAAACAACUGGGUAAAAUAGCAAAGGAUUAAGCAAAAAUACUUAAACCUGUAAACAAAACAAGGUUUGGGGUUGUAUAAGAAUCAGUCAAAGGUGAUAAAGAGUGCAGAUUAUAGAAGACCCUUUUCAAAAAUUAAUUAUUUGCCGGGAAACAGUAUCGUGCAUCUGCAAACAUUUUGCCCCCAGUGAUAUCUGCUCGUCUUUCUAGAUAUUACAGGAGUGUUUUUAUGAAGUAAUGUGUCAUUGGGACUGGCAGCCAUUCAAAGCUAUCUUACAUUUUCAUAAAGUUUCUAAAUCUUUAUUGCAUUUUAACUCUACUUGUUUCAAGAUAUACUAUUCGUUCGGACGUAAAUGUUGAGAUGUGUAUACGGAAAUAACAAAUGGUCAGGGAGCAUGACGAAUCAUGCGAGGUCGAGUAGAAGGACGCUACUGGUUCCCAAACUUGCAGAUGCCUGAGCAAGAAUUGAGCCACAUCAGUGUUUUUAAGAGGAGGACGACAUUUGUUCUAGCGGCAUGAACGCGUGAAUUCAUUUGCUUAAAUUUAUGCGCAAUGUUAAUAUGAAUAAACAGGACUCCUGCUGUUGUUCUGGCCACGUACGAUAAAUUAAAAAGUUGUAAUGCAGUAUAAUUCAUUUUUGCACCUUAAAUAUUCGGAGAAUAUGCCACAGCGUAUUAAACAUUGACUGGCAUGAUAUAUCAGUUUAAAGGAGCAUUUUAUAUCUUGAACCUCCAUUACUUCACUUGUCCCCUUGCAAGGACACUUAACAAUAUGCAUCUGAUAAAGGGGGUAUCAUAAAUGUGACCAAAUAUUCAAAUGUAAAAUUGAUUUCGGGCGAUUUUUGUUUAUAUUUCAUGUAUAUUUCGGGAAGAAAUUGAAAAUCUAUAUUUUUUAUUUUAUCAAGUUGAAGGUGAUGCUUGCACUUAGUUGGAUUCUCCCAACAGCUUUGUGGACAACAGUGAUUUUUGGAUGGUACCAUUUCACGGACGACGAACGACCUCCACCAACAGCCUGCAAUGUGCCCUUCACACAUUUUACGCUCUUUAACACCCUACUUACUGUCGGCUAUUUCUGGAUUCCGCUCGUCUUUAUUACAUCAUUGUACGUCCGCAUAUAUAAUGUGGCAGCCCAUCUGCAGCGCAAAGCAAUGACUGCUGAGAUGGGCUUGGCUGAGCUUAUGAUGAUGGCGGGAACUACGAUGUCCAAAAUAGGGCUGGGGGUUGACGGGGCUCUUUCGCCCGAUCCAGCAAAGGAGCUUAAGGCAGAAGCUCAACCCGCUAAUAGGACACCCAAAACCUCUUCCAAUAUUGGCAAAUUAGGAAAGGAAUCAGAGUCUAGAAGUACGUCAGGAGAGCAGACGACAGCGCAGACAGACUGUCUUAGCAGACGUUGCGUUGGAAAUGAGACACAAAAGUACGACGAGUAAGUGAAUGCAAGGCUUCUCUUUUAAUAUCUACAUACUAUUCCUGUUGUCACUGAGAGUGCCGAUCUUAAAUUAAACAACUACAGUUUAGAUGCGGCUUUAUCUUACAUGCGUUAGUUUUGUUAAUAUGUUUCGUGCCUACCCGAUAAAAUAUGGCUGAGUGAGUUUACCGUAACUCUUUGGAUCUUCAAGACAAAAACUCAAGAAAUAUGUAUGCUAAGUAAAAAUCAUUUUGACCUUUCUAAAUGAAAACUGGGAAGUUACCUAAUAUCAGAAACCGAACUAGAAGAGUUAAUUACACGAAAAAAUUUGUCUUCGGUUACCCACUAAAUUUAAUUUCGUUUGCUUUAUAAGACUCACAGACGAAAACCUGAAACUUUUGUACUAUUCAUACAGUAGAUGCGCUAAAUUAUGAAAUUUUAUUCGAAAUUCUGAAAUGCGUUUUCGACUUAAAAACAUUACUUAAGUAGGGUUAUAAAAAUUACCACCGUGCACCAUAAUCCCUAGAUAAGUCAGUUACCUCAGAACGCCGGCUUAUUGAUGAAUUUUUUUCCAGUCGCCUUCAAAAACUGCACUCCGUAAAAAACGACUACUCAUGUAAGAUAAUGUUUCCAAUUUUUUCGAUGUCCUUAUAAAUUGAAAUAUAAUUCAUGGAAAACCUGAUCAAAAUAUGCACUUCUUUGUUCGUUUAAUGAAAAUCUACAUGUUCUUUAAAUUUUAUGCUUAAGGGGAAGGGUAAAAUUCGGGUUAAAAAAGUUUCUUAUUUAAAUAUAUUUAAAACCGUGAAAUACCCACUCAUAAAAUAUAAUGUCUCUCCAUUCACUACUGUUACUGUUAAAGUUUACAAAAUGACUUAAAUCAACUGUAAAUGUUAUGAGUAGCAUAUGUUCUCCUCUUAACGCCGCGUAGCAAUGUAUGAUUUUCCAUACGCCGAAAACAAACGGUUUGCAGUUUAGAGAACAUUCAUGCAAGUGCAAUGGCAACUCGCGUUCAAAAUUAUUCGGGGACCAGACAAGCUUUUUUAAACCGAAUUGUACUCUUCCCUCAUACAUACAUUUUAAAGCAAACGCAAUUUUCUGUUAAACGGAGCAAUAAUGCAUAUUUUAUGCAUGUUUUCUAUGAAUCAUUGAAAUUUAUAAAACCAAAGGAUAUCAUAGAGAAAAAUUCAUUUUAGUUAAAUAUUCACUUUCACAGAGUGUAGUUUUUAUCGGCGGCCGACAACGUUUCCGUUCAAAAGUCGACAUCCUGAAGUAACUAAAAUAUCUUGAGAUUAUGCUGCACGGCAAUUAAUUCUACAACCCUAUCAGGUAGUCUUUUCAUGUCGAAAAUGCACUGCAUAAUCUGAGCUAACAUUUUGUAUGUCAGUACAUAUACUGUAAUCGGGUUUAUUAGAGUUGGUUAGAUUUAAUUUAUCUAAAAAUAGAAGAAUUUUUCACAAACAGCAUUAAGAAACACGCCAUUGAUGACCUCGAUCAAAUUAAAUCAGGAAACAAUUUACUAGUCACUAUCCACGAGGCCAGUGUUUGGUUAGUUCUCCCCAACGUCAUAGUGUAUUUUUACUCUUCACAUAGCUCCUUAAACACAAGAUUAUAAUGCGUUGUUGAAGUUGUCAUAAUCAAAAUGCGAUCAGUUGAUCAUGCAUUGUAAUGUGCACUUUCCCUGCUUAGAAUGUAAGUGGAAAUGGAUCGGUCUUACCGCAGGUGUCUGCAACCACUUUGGGAAUUUCUGGUUCCUCAGAAAGAACAUUAGUUGCCACUUACAGUAGACUAUCGAGCCAUUUUUUUCCACGCUCUUUUCUGCGUGGCAAGAAAGGCGAAUGACAUUGAGCCUGUCAGUAUUUGCGAAGCUAAAAAAUGUUAUGGCUGUAAAAAAUAAGACGAUUAAUGUAGGCGGGGAAUCUUUUGGCAAGAAAGCGGUAUAAAUAGACUUAUGCAACGGAUGGUAUCUUUUCUGUUUUGAAUAAUUCAGGCAGCGUGAAGCAAAAACCACUAUUCGCGCCUCUUCCAAAAGCGUAUAAUUGUUUGUCUGUUUGCACAUUUCAAGACGUUGACGUUUUUGUCGUGUUUUCCGAUGAAAAUUUCGAUGUCGACAAGUGUUUUCGUGUAAUGGCUGUUUUCCAAAAUACUUUGAUAGAUAGAAAUCUUACAAACGUCUUCAAAUUCUCAUCAUAGUUUGUGGGACGUAAGACUAUUAAAAAGUUUAGGUUAAAAUACGUCAUUCCAGAUACUAAUACCACUUUCCUGUAGUCCUCACUUCAGACAUAAUUUUAGCGAUCCUCGCCUAUGGUAAAAAUAGACUUUUUAUUGACAUUUCCCGGUCGUUUGUGACUGCGGGUUUUUACCUUACGGAAAGCACGCAUUCGGUCGGAAUGUUUUGUCGUAUUUCUUGGAAGCUGCAGGCUGUAAUUUAGCUCACACGUUUUGCGUAGGUUGUAUAUAAAAUACACCGUUCUAGUUCGAAUUUGGCGAAGUGUUGUCUCCUCGCCUUUACGAAGAAAUAUUUCUAGAUGACUGGAAGUCAUGGUUUGUUGCGACUGUGUAUCUCCAGGUUAGGUCUUUAAAUCUGCCACAUUUUACCCUGAUACCAAAAAACGCGCUGUCUUCCCCGAACCAUGCGCGCGUGGAUCUUUUGUUUGCCCAAGGAUAGCUAUUUUUUUCCUAUGCAUAUUGAAGAGAAUUUUUACCCCAGAAACAAAAGUGAAAAAUACCCUGUAUUUUUCUAGGCAAGGGUCCGCUUUCUUAAGAACCGCAGCCGCGAUUUUAUCCUCGCGGAUGGACCUUUGAUUCAAACAAAAUUCUCGACUAACACCAAAAGCCAUCUACCGGCAGUUAUAGCUGCUAUCAGAGCGUUUUCAUUAGUGAUUCUGCUUAGUCGUUGACCGUUGUGCUUUGAUUUAUUAGAGACAUUUUGAGGGUAUGUUCAUUGCAUAAACCACAAAAUCGGGUCAGAGCUAUCGCUACAAGAGGUAUACUGCGCUUGAAUCAUUGCGACGUGUCUUUUCUGUAUCGAAGACUUGUAUUCCCAACUUGUCCAACAAAAAAGAGGACUGAGAUGGAUUCAAGUUACGUGCACAGCCUAGGGCAAAUAUUUCGUUCUGAAUAUUCAAAUACUUCGAACCAACUGCUUCUUACACUCAAACAAGCAAAAGAAAAGGUGUCAAAGAUUCGAUAGAAAAUUUACAUAAAACCGACAGCAGAGGUGUUGUAAAUAAAGAAUCUUUGCAGACAAAUGCCUGAGGAGGUCUCCCAUAAUACAGGUAGCACUGCGUUGAAGUUCGGGGAGUUAAGAGUUGAAGUUAAAUUUGAGGUCAGGAAUAAAUUCGAGAGUAAGACUAGUAUUAUGGUAAGGUUUAGAACAUGACAGUAGUUUUUCUCCUUGGAAUUCAGUGUAAGACCACCUUUGUUACGGGGGGGGUUACUGAUCCCGCGUUUCACAUACGUAUAUUUUCAAUUUUACAUUUUCAGAUAUGCUAAGUCGCACACAACGCCGAUGGUGAAGAAAAGAAUGCGUUUUUGCAGUGGUGAUUUGCUUUUGUUUAGCAAUGUAUCAAUAAACGGCAUUUGAAAUGGGUCACUAUGUGUCUAAGGAGACCUCGUCUCCAUAUAUUGUAGUGAGCUGAAGUAAAACAUAUGAGAUCUGAGUCAAACGCCCUUUGCAUGUACCAUGAAAGCAAAAUCAAACUAUAUCAAAGUAUUAUUAUGAGGCUUUGCAAUUUCAUCUGUUUUCUAACUAGAUGAAUGGUCGUUUUGAUGCAAGUUGUACCAGCAGGUACUUAGUCAAAGAAUUCGCUUCUCAAAAUUGAAGGCAGAAAACAAGCAACAACUAAUAGGAAUAUUGGUUCAGAAUAUCUGUUUUCAAAAUAGACCGUAUUCGUAAGUUACCAAGCGCUGAGACUAUCGAUAAGCUUAAGCAAAUAAUGCUAAUCGCAUUGACUCUGGACGCAGUAAUUUACGUGAUAACUUCACCUCCCAAAAUUUGUAAAAUUUGUCGGAAGUCUUUUUUAAUUGAUCGGCGCAGUUACACACUGUAUAAAGUUUAGCUGUAGGUGCUAGAACACCACUUCCGUAUUUUAAAACAGAAAACUACUUGAGGCAGCAUGUAAAAAACACUUAUCGGUUGACAUAAACCUCUCUACCCGAAGAGCUAAAAGACAUCUUAGGUUAUCGGAGAUGCCUCCCGUGUGUGCGGAGGAAUUUACCAUUAAACUUGCUUGUACAAGGUAAGACGUUUGAUGCUCACAGAUACCAAUGCAUCGAGUAGAAGCUAACAGAAGAAAUACUGAUCAAUAUUUUAGGAAAAAUCACUUUUACUGUUUUCCAUUUCCCAGAACCAACAAAAUUAAUUGCCUGUUCGUGGUUUCCUUUGCGUGCAAUAGUAUUAUAAUGGCAUUGUUUUCACGGCAGUCUUGAGCCGUCACAGCCAGUUCGCCGAUCGCAAAAUCGGAAACCACUUGAGUACCGUUGUAACAUUUUGUCUAAAACAGACUAAUUAAACCAUGUCAGUUUGUAAUAAUAUACAAGGAGCAGUAGAACGGAUGACCAGAAAUGCCAGCAAUAAAAUUAAAAUUUUCUAAAAGUCUUCUAAAUUUUUCUUAGUUAUCUUCCCCACCGCUCACGCAAUCAAAAUCUUACCGUUCUGACGCACAAUUUAGUACUUUCCUUGCUUGAGUGAUUCUGCCUAAUUGAUUAUAUACACGCCACCACGGUCAAAUCAGGCGAAACGGGUAUGCUAUUAUACUUCAUCUCUGGAAUUUCCUAUUUUUUCGCCUGGUAGCGAAGGAUCUGAACCGUGUGCAUACAAUACAGAAUAAUGCCUUAAACUGGCAUUGUCUGUGACGUUUGCCAGCCAACUUCCUUAUAAAGUAUAUUUUACAUUGUUAUCCGCAGUUCUGCUUGAUAAAACGCCAUAAUGCCUAUAACCCGCCGGUUAGCAUCAGCGGAUAAACCGAGAAACACACACUCUCUUUUGGUCGAUAAUAGAAAAGUAGGGGAGCGGUUAAAACUAAUCUCAACAGUUGCAGUCGUGUCUCUAUGAACCCACGCAUAUCCUUAUAAGCAUUUUGCAGACUGUCAUGCAGCACAAAGUCUUUUUUUCUCCUGAACAUCAACUAAAAAUCAUUGAUAGUAUGCAUGUAAGCACACCAUUCAUAUACUACAUCCUUAACCGCGUGUUUUCAUGGAGUAGCUUCACAGCAACCCACGAAUGACCACUUCUUUGUAAAAAUAACUAGGUUAAUCUACUCAGGCAACACAUAUCAGAAAUAAUAGUGCCCACUGUUCGCAGAAAUCAGCGGACCAGUGAAAAUUCCGCGAUAGAAGUCACUAAAUUCGAAGCGCGACAUAGUGAGGGAUUACUGCAUUUAUUUCACUAUGCAUAAAGCUAGCGAAAUUUUCCGGCGUUUCAUUCAAAUAUGCAAUUUAUUUACAAAUUUCUACUAAGCAAUAAGAUGUUAAACGCCAAUUCUCACAAAACCUGCUUUAUUUAUAUUUUCAAACUGUAUUGCACUCAUGAAGAAGAUGGUAGCUAUAUGUGUUUGCUGUCUUGAUAGACGUAGGUUAUUUUUUCGGUUUGUUACAAAGGUUUAUAAACUUAAAAUAGGCCCAAGCUUAAUAUGCCUCUUUGGUAGAGUUUUUUCAAAUUGCGCUUUGCCCAGCAGUAUAAGACAAAUAUUAAUGCGCCAUUCGGCGGCACUUUAGGAAAAAUCUCCUGAGGAAUUUCUGACAAAAUGUUAAUUAUUUCUUUUCGUUGAAACACAGGAGCAACUCGAGCUGUAUAUUAGAAAAUUUGGAAUUUUCCGCAAACUAUAUGAGCAUACCGUCACCAGCAACAGCGGCGUCGAGCGGGUCAUCUUCCAUGUAUUCAGAAAAUCAAGGACCUUGGGUUCAGCAGGAACCAGAGGUUUCAAACUCAGUUGGUAUUAAAGAGUGUGGUCUGGUAAGCAUAUUGCAUCAGUACUUUUUCAAGUCAAUACUUUGCGUAAAACUCGACAGUAAUUUUGAAUACUUAGCCCACAUAUCAGAAAUUGCAACAUUAAAAGAAUAGCGCCUGUUAACUAGUCACCCACCCGCACAGGACGAAGAUGCACUUCUUUAUUUUAACCGGGCAGUUUUGUGCGAAUUGGCAACUCCAGUAAGCGUCACUGAUACAUGACUUUUUUGCAGUAGGCAGCUUCUGGUGUUUUUCGAAUAAGGAACAACUAUUCAUCCGAUUUUAAAGUUUUUAGACUUGUCUUGACCUCCACGACAGAUUUGCCACAGAAAUAUUAUAAGUGAAAGUGUGAAAGUGGUGUGAUAAAUGCUGAUAGUCCGUUUUUAUGACUGUGCCCGUCAAUGCUGUCCCAGGGAAUAAUGCCUAAUGACUUGCUACAUGAGGUUGGGAUAAUCAACCGUAGAAUGCCUUGGUAAAACACUGAAGCUCUGCUACCGUACUAAUACAUUUGCGGCAAGAAACGCGCUGGCCUGCACCUGGUGGCUAGAGUCACAUAUAAUUACUUCUGAAAAUGAGGGAAACCACAUUACCUACUUUAAGCUGGAGAUCCUAACAAAGCAACACCCUUAGCCCGUCGAUAUACACCAAAACCACUUCAUGCAUUUGCAGUGUCGACCUGGCGACAAUUUGGAUUCAGGAGGCAAGGAAAACCAGUAUUCUGUGCAGUUUCUACCCAUACCCCAAUAA